UUCCUCCUGCCUCCGUCCGUCCGUCCGUCCCUGCUGCUCCGCGGGGCCGCCUACCAGGCCCUCCGCUCCCGGUGCCGCCGCAGCCGCCCCGGCCACCGCCGCCCCAGUCCCGACGCCAUGCAGGCCAUCAAGUGUGUGGUGGUGGGAGAUGGAGCCGUGGGCAAGACCUGCCUCCUCAUCAGCUACACCACCAAUGCCUUCCCCGGAGAGUACAUCCCCACCGUGUUUGACAACUACUCAGCCAACGUGAUGGUGGACAGCAAGCCGGUGAACCUGGGCCUGUGGGACACGGCCGGGCAGGAGGACUAUGACCGCCUCCGGCCGCUCUCCUACCCGCAGACGGAUGUCUUCCUCAUCUGCUUCUCCCUCGUCAGCCCAGCCUCCUAUGAGAACGUCCGUGCCAAGUGGUUCCCCGAGGUGCGGCACCACUGCCCCAGCACGCCCAUCAUCCUGGUGGGCACCAAGCUGGACCUGCGGGACGACAAGGACACCAUCGAGAAGCUCAAGGAGAAGAAGCUGGCGCCCAUCACCUACCCGCAGGGCCUGGCGCUGGCCAAGGAGAUCGAUUCGGUGAAAUACCUGGAGUGCUCGGCCCUCACCCAGCGCGGCCUGAAAACGGUCUUUGACGAGGCCAUCCGGGCCGUCCUGUGUCCCCAGCCCACACGGCCACAGAAGCGCCCCUGCAGCAUCCUCUAGGGGUGUCCCAGUCUUCCCAGCCAGAUGGUUCUGACCCUCCAGGGCCCCCACCCCAAACCCGAUGGCACCCCGGCUGGCCAUGCUGCCCCCUCCCCGUGGCGCUUCUUAGCACGCGGCUGCAGACGUGGCUGACCGCCUUCUCUAUGUUCGGGGCCCCUAGGGUCCGAAGGUGUGAAUCCGUAGGUGCUGUGUCCCCAUCCCCACGUGCUCCUGUCCCCCCAGGGGCCAGAGGCGAGCCCCAGGACCCAUUAGCCACCCCUGCAUUCCUAUGCCCCACCCCCACCCCCGUACCCAUUUACCCCGGCCCCGCCAGACCCCUGAAUCUCCUUUGGAAACUUUGGUUGCUGCCACCACUUGUGUGCCCUCAGGGAUGGGCCUCUCACUCCCCCUGAGGCGUUGACUCCCGUAUUGAUGGUCUUGCUUGUUGGAAAGUUCUGCUGCUGCGCUCAUCUGAGUGUCUCAGGAGUGUGUCCCUCUGGUCUAAUUCUCCUUUGGGGACCACAGACAACAACCAGAUUUCCCAGUGGUCUGUGGGCACUGCCCAGCCAGCCCGAACCGGUGUGGCUGGCUCUUGCCGCCCUCGUCUCUCUGCUCCACUCGGGGUCCUGGGCUGCCUCCGACCCUGCUCGCCAGGACCUUCGCUAUUGCAAACGGGAAACCCACCUCCGCCUGCUUUCGUAGGAAAUAAAGUCACUGAUCCCAGUUUGG